GGUUACUUUGGCAAUAACGCAGUUGCAGGAAAACAACAUUCAUGCAGAUUCAUUCUGAGAGAAACAUGGAUGAGCUCGAUUUGCUUUUGGAGGAGCUAGCCCUCAAUCCGACUGCUUCAGAAGGCAGUCAUGCAACCUCUGGAGAGGUGUCAGCUGCAGCCAGCGCUGAGACUAAAAAGGGGUCUUACCUGGGAAUUUUCAGUGAGUCACCCCCUCUCCAGGGAGCUUCCCAGGACUCACCCACCAUAGAACUGGACUCAAUUUUGCAAGAUCUGAUGAGCCUGGGAUCAGAGGAUGCGGCGGCUUCACCGCUUUUACAGGAGCAGUCUGUUGAGAAGAGAACAAAAGAUGGACAUUGGGAUUUAGAUGCAAAUGCUUCAGCAAGGAGCAAAGACACAGACAGCAUUGAUGAUCUUCUCGGAGGACUGAGCACUGACUUGGAAAAGAUCGGCGUCCACACUGCAGCCAAGGGCCACUGUGCCGCCUGUAACAAAGUUAUUGUGGGGAAGAUAAUCACAGCAAUGGGUGAAAUGUGGCACCCGCAGCACUUUGUGUGUGCGGUGUGUAAGACGGAGCUGAGCACCACAGGCUACUUCGAGAGGGACGGACGUCCGUACUGCAGGAAAGACUACGAGCAGCUUUUCGCGCCGCGCUGCGCCUACUGCAAAGGGCCCAUUGUGCAGAACAUCCUGACAGCUCUGGACCAGACAUGGCAUCCUGAUCACUUCUUCUGCGCACACUGUGGAGACUUCUUUGGCGAUGACGGUUUCCUGGAGAAGGACGGGAAGCCUUAUUGCUCCAGGGACUUCUACCGCCUCUUUGCUCCCAAGUGCGCAGGCUGCGGGGGGUCAGUGUUGGAGAACUACCUGACUGCAGCCAACGGCACGUGGCACCCGGAGUGCUUCGUCUGCGCGGACUGUCUGAAGCCCUUCUCUGACAGUCACUUCAUGGAGCUUGAUGGCCGCCCGCUGUGCCAGACGCACUUCCACUCCCGUCAGGGAACUCUGUGCGGCGGCUGCCAUCAACCCAUCGUGGGCCGCUGCAUCUCGGCUCUGGAGAGCAAGUUUCACCCGGAGCACUUUGUGUGUGCCUUCUGUCUGCAGCAGCUCAGCCAGGGAAUCUUUAAGGAAGACAAAGGCAGACCAUAUUGCUCUGCAUGCUUUAACAAACUCUUUGUGUGAUGUGUAAAGGUGUAAAAACAGCAACAUUAAGACUCGGGAUUAAUAAAUGCUUUAUCACUGAGGUUAGGAUUUAAUUGUACACCUAGGGGACAAAAAUAUUGGGCCACACCCUUUAACCCAAAGGAAUCCUAGAGACAUUUGAAUGAAUUCAAAUAGCAUGUAGGUCGAAUUUGCCAGGGAAUAUUCAGUUUUUCAUAAAACAAAAUAUCAUCUUUGUGGCUACACACAAACCCGACAUGUUAAUUGAGAUUAAAAAAAAAAUGUUCCAUUGAAAACCAUUGAUAUUGGCAGUUUGCUGUCACACAUUUAUCUCAACACAAACCAAUGCAGUCUUUAAUGUUAAGAUUUCAAUUUGGUCUACUGCCCACUAGAUGAUGCUCCUUUUUUCCAUUCAAAGCAUGCAGCUUUAUAUUUCAAGCUAUAUUCCGUUACCAGCUGGUGUUACUUUUGUUUUGAAGUUGUUUCAAUAUUUUGUUUGUUAAGUGUGCCUUACUACUGAAAUAAUUAGCGUCACUACUGUACAACUGGCUUUUCCAAGGUUUUAUACUUUGCCGCCAGAUUGCGCUGCGUAUUCCCAUUCAAAGCAUGCAGCAAAAUUAUUAUUUUUACUUUAUUGUUUUAUCUAAACGUGCCUUGCUUUUGAAAUACUAAAUGUAUGUUGCUACAACUACUGGAUUUCAAAAUAUCGAAAUAACCACUUUUCACAUCCAAAGUUUCAUACCUUCUACUCUUGUGGCGAUCAUGCACAAACCGUGUAUGGACAACAACUACUCGUCCUAACUGGUCUUAUCAAAAUGCGUAUUUUGAAUUCAUUAAGUCACUGUUUUUGUUCGACGCACACGCAGGAAGAUAUUCAACUGAUGUAGCAUAUGUAGAUUUUGCUCAGGAAGUCUUAAAAGCGCAAAUGCCACAUCUGUGCUGUCCAUGGUCCGCAAUAGCCAGUUUGCCGGCGAUGCACUAACAUAUGUCGACACUGAACAAAUUCCACUUCUUCAGCCCCCAUCCCUCCUCCAAAAUAAAAAAAUUAAUCCAUGGAUAUGUGGUGCACAGUGCGUAAAAGUCACCCGAACGUCUUUGUUCUGGCAUUGACAUACGGACAAAGACAGUGUGCUGGGAGCACGACCGAGCAGCCGCAUGCAAGCCUUACAUCACCUAACACGUUGCCAAGCAUCCAGUGGAGAGUUGAACUCUAGAAUAGUGGAAACUUAGCUUGUGGAGUGACGAAGCAUAGUCAAUCUACAGUAUAUGUACAAGUCUGAUGGACGUCUCUGAGUUGGUGAAUCCCACGACGAUGUUGGCUCUUUGUAAAGCUUGAUAGAUGACGGAUAAUACUUGUCGUUUCAAGGUAGGCCUUAAUUCUAGAGAAGGGAAAUCACUGGAAAUAAACAAGCUGAGUAGAAAUAAUCCAAAUAGUAAAAAAAUAAAAUAAAAUACUGUGGAUAUGUUAAGCUCGGUAACACACACAUUCUUUAAUGAAUGUGAUUGCUCCUCUCGCUAGUUAUUAAUGAUGCCCGCCAGCUUGCAUAAUAUAAGUAAACAAAACAAUUCAAAAUAAACAUAAAAACACUCAUAUGUCAAAUAAUCUUUUAAUAAUACAGUACUUUAUAAAAAUAUGCAGUAAUGAUAAUUAAAUAGAGUGUAAAGAAUGAAAUAGCCCACCGUGCCGCCCGCAGUGUAAUACAGAGAUAUGGAUAUACAUAGAGAAGAGGUGACAUCACACCUCAUCAUCAGUAAUAUUAGUUGUUCUGCGCAGAUUAUUCAAAUAUCUGUUGCUUAAAGGUGUUAUAACACCACCAGAGAGAUGCUACAUGCAAUGGUGUUUCCCAUUAUCUGUUAGCAUUAGCAUUAAGCUACCGGCCUGAAAGGCUCAAUGGUGUGUUCGUUUUAAAUACAUAUUGUGUAUUUCUCUUGGUUUUAUGUUUAGUGUCGUUUUGGAAGUGUUCAUGUCCAACUUCAAUAUCAGCAAGGAGGAUUUUUUUCCCCCAUGCUCUCAUUUUUAGGAGUGUGUUCACAGACAUGUUUGAAAUGGGUGUUAGACAUGUUAUUAUUUGCUCUCCAUUAAACUGCUUUAAUGUC